AUGAAUGACGGGCGAAAAACGACAGACUACGAUGUUGAACUUGGACUCAAAUGUGACAUCAAUGGUGAUUUCAUCAACCAGAACGCACCCCCAACACCCCGAACCGAAGCAUUACCCACCAACUGGACCCCAUAUGAAAGUCGUGUUGCAUUUGAGACAGCUGAAUUCCUCUUUGCAUGCAAUCAAAUGUCCGCAGGGCAGAUUGAUACCCUUCUUGGCCUCUGGGCAGCAACACUCGUCAAACAUGAAGAUUUCCCUCCAUUUGCCACCCACCACGGCUUAUACAAUACCAUCGACUCAACUCCACUUGGUGACAUCGCUUGGGAGAGUUUUUCGAUGUCGCAUAAGGGAGUCAAGCCAGCGGACAAUAUUCCGCCAUGGAUGAAGGCUACAUACGAAGUAUGGUUCCAUGAUCCAUGCCUUCUUGACAAAAUUGCCAAAGAUCCAGAGAUGCACAAAUCGACCUUUGUGCCUCUGAUUGUCGGAAGCAACAAGACUACAGUAUUGGUGGCUACAGGACAUACCGAGUACCAUCCGCUCUAUCUCUCCAUCAGAAACAUAUUCAACAAUGUUCGACGUGCACACCGUAACAGUAUGGUAUUGGUAGGGUUUUUGGCUAUUCCAACAAAACAUGCAGACGACGACGACUUUCGUAACUUCCACCGGCAAUUAUUUCACUCCUCGCUCGCAAAUAUAUUCAAGUCCUUGAAGAAAUACAUGACGACCCCCGAUGUCGUACGCUUCAUAUAUGGGUUAGGACUGUAUAUAGCCAAUUAUCCAGAACAAGUCUUACUUUGGGUAUCGUUACAGGGUGGUGUCCGAAGUACGUGUUUAAAUAAUUGCAACAAUCUUGAUGGCAAUGGAUUACUCUGGUGCAGAGAGCACACUGACUUACUGGUUCAAGAACUCCAGUACAGACAGUUGUGGUACGAGUACAGUGUUGUUGAAGACGUUAUGCUGUUCACGAAUGAUUUUGCUCGUGCAGAUAUACACGAGCUUCUUUCCCCCAACAUCCUACACCAAAUCAUCAAAGGGACCUUUAAGGAUCACCUUGUUGAUUGGGUGGGAGAAUACUUAGAGCAUGUGCAUGGUCGUUCGUGCGCAGCAGAGAUUCAGGAUGAUAUUGAUCGAAGGAUAGCUGCAGUCGCCCCUUUUGCAGGUCUGCGGCGUUUUCCAGAAGGGCGUGGAUUUGCCCAGUGGACUGGUGAUGAUUCCAAAGCUCUGAUGAAGGUCUAUCUACCUGCCAUCAAGGGCCAUGUCCCUCAGGAUAUCAUACACGCAUUCAGCGCCUUCCUUGACUUCUGCUAUAUCAUCCGACGUGAGGCACUGACAGAGGAUGAUCUUGUACAGCUUGAAGAUGCCCUCCACCGCUUCCACCAGUAUCAUGAGGUGUUCAGGACAACAGGAGUUAGACUCACCUUCUUGCUUCCACGUCAACACUCUUUACAGCAUUACUCUCGUACGAUCCGGCUCUUUGGAGCCCCCAACGGUCUUUGCUCGUCCAUAACGGAGUCAAAGUACAUCAAGGCUGUCAAAGAGCCCUGGCGCCGUUCUAGCUGCUACAAGGCGCUAGGCCAAAUGCUACUGACAAACCAACGUCUUGACAAAAUUGCUGCUGCACAGAGCGACUUUGAGGCUCGUAAUAUGCUCCAUGGAUCAUGUGUAUCUGAUGCUUUACAAGCACUCAAAAACCAUAUGUCUUUAGAAAUUCUAUUGAAGUCUUCCAAUAUAGGAGAAGCAGCUGAGGCUAUUGAGGGACCUGCUGCCGAUGCUCAUGUAGAGCUCGCUGCAAAACCAGUAUUAGGCGGUCCACAUGAUAUCCCUGCACUUGCACUCGAACUAGGGCUUCCAAGCUUGCCUACCAUGAUCCAACGAUUCCUUCACAACCAGCUUCACAUUGCGGACCCUGAGCCUCCCACAUUCAAUCCUGCUACAGCACCAACAUUUCUGGGCCGUAUUUCGGUUUUUAGCUCAGCGGCUGCAUCAUUCUAUGCCCCCAGUGACCUCAGCAGGACUGGAGGCAUGCGACACGAGCAUAUUUGUGCGACGACCUCAUGGCGAGGUGGCCCUGCUCGGAAUGGUUGUGUCUUCAUUAGUAUAAAUAAUGAGGUCAGUUGUGUCUUGGAUGGACUUGUUGUCGCAAGAUUAUUGCGUCUUUUUAGCUUCAAGUACCGGACAGAGUACUUGCAAUGUGCCAUCAUUUUGUGGUUCUCAUAUAUCACUGACAGUCGAGAUCCUGACACCGGGAUGUACAUUGUUGCACCAUCGACCAAUGAUGAUGGCACGCCAGACAUCUCGAUUAUCCAUAUCGAUUGUAUAUUCCGCGCAGCCCAUCUGGUUCCUCUCUACGGCGCUAAUUUCCUGCCUCGUGAAAUCACCCUUCACAACAGCUAUAACAUGUUUUAUGCAUUCUAUGUCAACAAGUACGCCGACCACCAUGCAUUCGAAGUAGCAUGA